CAUAUAUCUUCGAUCACGUGACUUCCGCAAUAUCGGCAAACACAACAACAGUGACAAGUUCCAGUGCGGUAAAACGUUUGCUCAGCAUGCUUUUGGACAAUAUCUGGCUGCCUAUCAUCCCGUCUUUGUUGACGAUUAUUGCAGUUGUUUUAGGGGCCAUAUAUUUGUACAAAAAAAGCGGCAGUGCAUCGAGUAACCAACAGAAAACGGCAAAACCUGAAGACAAACCAAGAUGUGAAGAACCAAUCACUGCCAGUGAAGCCACUGACACUGCUACUGCUGGUGGAAAGUACAAAGAACAAGAUACAGGUCAUCUUACAGCUGAGGAUGAGGAAGAAAAUGAAGGUAGUAACAUAGAGGAGGCAGAUGAGGACUCCAGUGGUGGUAAAGCAGCUCCUUACAUGUGCCCCUUUAUGGCCAUAAUGGCUGAACAGAAAGCCAAAGAGAAAAACGAAGGAAAAGCCACAACAGCUGAUACACCUCACCAAGAAAGCCCCCACCCAAAGGGAUUGUCAGAUGUUCCUUGGGCCAGACAGGAUGUUUAUGAUCCCCUGGAAUACCAUGCUCACACUCAGGCAGAAUUUAAAAAAGUACGUUCACGCGUUGCCAGUCGGCUGAUUGCUAAGGAACUCAGUGAGGAACAACUUGAAGAGGAGAAAGAAGUCCAGGAAGUGCAGAUGUCGCAGAUUUUUAAACUUCUGCGAGAACAUGAGGAGAAAUUUGGUGUGCAUUCUCUUGAUGAGAUGCAGCAACAAAUGAAACUUUACAUGUAAAUGGUGUCAUUUUUAAACAAGUUUUAUUUGGUCAUCAAGUUGCAAUCUCAGAAUCAGUUCAGUUUAUUCCUGUUCAAUACUCUUUAUUUGCACUAUUUAAGUAAUUAUAGUAAUUACAUAUUUAAGUAAUUAUACAAUAAUUAAAAAAUAUUCCUUGUGUACUUUUAUUACAGUAUGACAAUCUUUAAUUCGUCCUUGUAGUUUUUCCCUGCUGUUUAGUCUGUGGUGAUAAUUUUUUCUUUUAAUUAAGUGAAGGGAUAUGUUUACAGUAUCUCAUUUGAAAUGCUAUCAGUUUGUUGUAUUUACACUGUUAAAUUUUAUGUGUUGUGUGCACAGACCGUGUAUAUUUUGCCAGUAUCCAGAGUUUCAGAAUUGGGUGGUCCAUUUGAUAAACCUUUUGUUAAAAGGGCUCUUAACUCUUUUUCAUCCUGUAUACAGCUUGCUUAUGUAGUCAAAGUCGACUGCCAAGGUUCAUUUGAUUAUUUCAUUCCACAUUUUAGGUAGUUCAUUCCAGAUAUUCUAGACUUACCUGGAGCAAUAAUGUAUUUGCUAUGGAUGAAAUUUUCUUAAAUUGUAAAUAAUGUGACACUCAAUAUUCUUAUUUUGGAAGUUUCAAGUGGAACUGUUUAUUAUUGAAAACAUACAAUUAUCUGUCUUUUCAACAGCUAUAACAAUAUUUUCUUGAGCUUUUUGAUCACAGUUUAUAGGUCCCUUAUUACUGAAUGAACAUAUCUAACUGGCCAGACAGUUCAAACCUGUGCCGGACGCAAUUGCCUUUAUAAAUGGAAGUGAAUGGAACACAAUGGAUAUUUGAAACUUGGGGUGUUGUGGAUAUAUAAUUCAGAUAUAUUUUGUCGUGUAAUCUUACGUUGCUAGUAAACAUGUUUUAAAUGUAAGUGUUAAAGGUGCUAAUUUAGUUGUAUCAUGUAUCUCAAUGCUUGAUUUUCAUCUCCUCAAUGUUGAAGGUGCUAAAUGGUUUAGCAUUAAACUAUAUUGACAAAGAACACUUGACAAUGCUUUGUCCAAAUGCAAUUUUAAAGCAAGUCCCAACCUUUCCAUGAAAAAGAGAUCAGCAGUUUCUCUGUAUUGAAUACACUUUGACUAUACAUGAUAUCAACCACAGCUGUAUUCCAUUUUUUUUUUUUACUUUUGGCCCUGUGCUCUGAAUCUUUUCUUCCACUCAUACAAUUGACUUGGUAAUAAAUAGUGAGAAAGCUUCAUGUGCCUCAAAACACACACUGAAUGUUAUUUAAAUAUCAGUUUUUUGCUCAAACCUUCUUUUUGAUAUGUACAAGAAUCAGUCAAAGUAAACUCUUUUCUGUAUAUGAACUUUGUUUAUUUGCUCAUUUAGGUGUAAAAGAAGGCAACAUGGAAUGGCUGUAGCUAUUAUGCUUAUAACUGGAAAGGAAUAUAAAAAAUACAAGAUCAAUGAAUUGUUUUUCUGAAUAAACUUUAGCCGUAAACUAAUAAUUUUUGGUUAAACUACCUACUGUCUUUUUGGAAAAAAGUCCCCUUACAUUAUUGGUACUAGUGUCAACAAUAUUAAAGUUAGGUGAAAGAACCAAGGAAUAAACUUAAAAUCUCCAGUAAGAAAAUGAGGAAACUGAUAUUGCUAGGUGCGCUGUGAUGAAAACUUUUUUUAUCAGUUUGGUAAAUUUCAUUCACAAAAAUGCAAAUAUUGUCAGACUUAAAAAUAAAUAUUUGAAAGCUGUAAGCAACAAAAUAUAA